GCGGCAGCAGCAUGAGCAGAGCAGACCCGAGUCACAUUGCGGGCUCUGCCUACGACUCGGACCCCGGCCAGGCGGCGGUCGCCUUGGCUUACCAGCGCUUCGAGCCCCGCGCCUACCUCCGCAACAACUAUGCACCACCUCGCGGGGACCUGAGCAGCCCGGAUGGCGUUGGGCCUUGGAAACUGCGCUGCUUGGCCCAGACCUUCGCCACCGGUGAAGUGUUUGGACGCACGCUCAUUGAUGUUGGUUCAGGCCCCACUAUAUACCAGCUGCUCAGUGCCUGUGCCCACUUCGAGGACAUCACCAUGACAGAUUUUCUGGAGGUCAACCGCCAGGAGCUGGGACUCUGGUUGCGUGAGGAGCCUGGGGCCUUUGACUGGAGUGUGUACAGCCAGCACGUUUGCCUCAUCGAAGGCAAGGGAGAGUCCUGGCAGGAGAAGGAGCGUCAGCUGCGAGCCAGGGUGAAGCGGGUCCUGCCCAUUGAUGUGCACCAGCCCCAGCCCUUGGGUUCUGGGAGCCUGGCACCUCUGCCUGCCGAUGCCCUGAUCUCUGCCUUCUGCCUGGAGGCUGUGAGCCCAGACCUCAUCAGCUUCCAGCGGGCCCUGCACCACAUCACCACACUGCUGAGACCUGGGGGGCACCUCCUUCUUAUUGGGGCCCUGGAGGAGUCGUGGUACCUGGCUGGGGAGGCCAGGCUGGCAGUGGUGCCCAUGUGUGAAGAGGAGGUGAGGAAGGCCCUGGUGAUUAGUGGCUAUGAGGUCCGGGACCUUUGUACCUACAUCAUGCCUGCCCACCUUCGCACAGGUGUAGAUGAUGUCAAGGGCAUCUUCUUUGCCUGGGCACAGAAGAAGGUGGGAGUGGAGGUGUGAGGACCCAUGUGCCCAGUGUCCACCCAGACUCCCUAUUACCUAAGGUGGCACUUAAUAAAUCAUUCCUUGCUACCAAGUGUC